UGGCAACAGAAUCAACAGCUGCAGAGCCUGCCAGUGCCUGGAAAGCGCCUUCGGUGGCUGAACGGGGAGGCCGUGGGCGGUUUGGGACAUGGCUUUCUUCGGGUUAACAUUCCUGGGGUACCAGGAGCCCUUCUGGGAGAGAAAGCUGGCAUUAGAGAAGCCUGACGCAACAGGGCCAAAGGCGCUCAAAGGGGGAUUGUUUCACCCAAAGCUCCCCCCCAUCGUCCCGGGGCGCUGUGAUGGCACAGUGCACCAGGGGAGCUACAACCGCUACCGAGAGGCUGUGACGCAGAAUCAGCUCCAGAGAUCCCCCAACCAAGUCUUCAGGGUCCCAGUGACUUGUGCACAGGACUGCGGCUGGUGGCUGCCCAGGGAUCCCAUGGUCCGAGCAGAGGAGGCCACCCCCUGGAUGACGGUGCCGAGGCAUCCCCUGAUAAGGAGCCCCAUGACCAGGUUCGUGGACAGCAUGGGCCUCAGCAACCCCCAUUUCAGCCUCUUCUGAGCGCCCCAGUGGGCCCCACCGCCGGGCCCAUCUGGCCUUCCACAGACAUGGAGCAGCCCCGGGUGCUGGGGCCUGGCAGGCACCGGGGCAAUAAAGCGAUCGAGGCGAUUGGG